ACUCAAGCUGCAGAGCGUGCAGUCUGGGGGGAAGUGUCGGUUCGACCUGUGACACACGUCCGUGUAAAUGAUAUCUUCCGCGGGGGUCGUCAGUCAUGGAGCUUCUCGUUCGAUAUUUGAAUAGAAGCAAUUCUGUCAGCUCUGACAUUACUCAAGAUCUCAUCAAGGAGGAGAGCCUGAGAGAUGACCUGAAGUAUUACUUCAUGAGUCCGUGUGAGAAGUACAGGGCCCGACGACACAUUCCCUGGAAAAUGGGGGUCCAGAUUCUGAAGAUCGUCAUGAUCACUACACAACUCAUCCUGUUUGGCCUCAACAACCAGCUGGUGGUUGCCUACAAAGAGGAAAACACCAUGGCCUUGAAAAACCUUUUCCUGAAGGGUUACAGUGGGGUGGACGAGGACGACUACAGUGUUUCUGUCUACACGCAGCACGCCGUCUACGACAGCCUGUUUUACCUUCUUGAUCGGUGCAGCCAGCUGGGUCAGCUCUCUGUGGGGCCCAUCAGUUAUGCAGAGGAUGAAGAUGGGAAGCUGAAGCCCCUCACCAUCUGUAAGGAGUACUACAAAAAAAGCAGCCUGGAGCCUUCAGAUGAGGCUUAUGAUAUUGAUGCCCAGCUGGAGACGAUCUGUAUGUCGCAUGCUCCAAAUACAGCACACGAGUGGAAAACUCAGAACGCCUCCUUUUUUCAUAUGGACUUUUACAGGCUUGUUGACAUCAAAAUAACGUUUGAGCUGAAGGGAAUCAACCUACAGACCGUCCGAUCCCGGGAGCUACCUGACUGCUACUCCUUCUAUGUUACCAUUACAUUUGAUAAUCAGUGUCACAGCGGGAAGGUGAAAAUAUUCCUGGACAUAGAUUUUGAAAGCAGUGCGUGCCGGGACUGGAAGAUCUCUGGAACAGCUCAGAAGAACACACACUAUCUGCUGAUGUUUGAUGGUUUUGUCGUCCUGGUUUGCAUCACAUCAACAGCACUGUGCGCUCGUUCCAUCAUACUAGCUGUCAAGUUGCUCCAGAGAUUCUCACAUUUCUUUCGCGAUAACUUCAAUCGUAAAGUGUGUAAGGACGACCAGGGGGAGUUUCUGAAUGGCUGGUAUGUGCUGGUCAUCGUCAGCGAUCUGUUGGCAAUAACUGGAUCAGUACUGAAGAUGGAAAUACAAGCAAAGAGUCUAACAAGUUAUGAUGUGUGCAGUAUCUUCCUGGGAACGUCUACAUUAUUGGUGUGGGUUGGUGUGAUCAGAUACCUGGGAUACUUCCAGAAAUACAAUGUUCUGAUUUUAACCAUGAAAGCAGCCUUCCCUAAAGUCCUGCGUUUCUGCUGCUGCGCUGGCAUGAUCUACCUCGGAUAUACGUUCUGUGGGUGGAUCGUUCUGGGGCCGUACCAUGAGAAGUUUGAGAGUCUGAGUCGGGUUGCUGAGUGCCUGUUUUCGUUGCUGAAUGGUGAUGACAUGUUCACCACCUUCGCCCAGCUGAAGGACACAAACACUUUGGUUUGGCUCUUUAGUCGGACGUACCUGUACUCCUUCAUCUCCCUCUUUAUCUACAUGGUGCUGUCGCUCUUCAUCGCCCUCAUCACUGACUCCUAUGAGACCAUCAAGAACUACCAGAGAAAUGGUUUCCCACUGACGGACUUGCAGAAAUUCCUUCAGGAUCAUAAAGAUUUUCUUGUUGUGGAGGAGAAUGGCCAGACAGACGUUGAGCUCAGUAACUCUGUACGCUUCUGCUGCUACUGCCAACGGUAUGACGGCGCUCGCAUCAAUGUUAAAAUGCUUCAGUAA